AUGAUCAACAUUCCAAAUGGCAUGGAUGAAAUGCCCCUCUCAAUUGAAACCCGUCAAGAAGCAGCAUAUGUCCAUGCUAUUGACGAUGUCGAGCCUGAUGAACACGGACCUUGGUUUUCAGACAUUCUAAGGUACCUACAAACUUCCGAAUAUCCACCACAUUUUUCAAGAAAAAAUCAAAGGGGUUUGCGCCUUCAAUCAACCAACUUUGUCUUAGAAGGUGGCAUCCUAUACAAAAGGCCUCCUGAUGGCCUCAACCUCCGAUGUGUUAACAAACAGGAAGCACAAAGGGUCAUGGAUACCGUACAUGCCCGGGUUUGUGGAACUCAUAUAAAUGGAAAGAUGUUAGCUCUUAAAGUCAUCAGGUUUUGGUAUUAUUGGGCCACCCUCGAACGGGACUGCUACUUCUUUGUCAAGAGGUGUCCUAUUUGUUAA